UUUUGAUAUGAGUUUGCAUGUGUGAUAGAAAACGAAACAGAACAAGCCCAGCGACGAGGGCGUCGCCUGGCUCGCGCCGUGUCUUUUUCCGACACAGCGUUUUGCCCUGCUCAUCGAAGCCAUCAAUGCGCUAACACCCGUUUAACAAAAUGCGCCUUUUCGAUUAAGCUAUUAUCGAUUGGACUGGUGUCAACUACACAAUCGGUCGCGGGUUGAAUCUGGCCUCUUUACCCCUCAUUAUUAAACUACACAUCUUUGAAUAUAGGCAACGCAUUCAUAAUAACGGCCUGACUCAGAAGAACGGCUCUUUUGGCCAGACUGGUCACAAAGCUUCCAAGGCCUCUGGGCCCUGCUUAAAACAGUCGAUGCUAAUCAGUAGGCAACCAGUUCUGCCCCGCCGGGCGAGCAUCGGCUCCAGGCAAAGGCUCGGCCCAGUUUGCCGCGCAGACCCUAAGAGCGCCAACUCGGGGCUGUUCACAGACUUGAGCAAGUAUGCAAAUCCAGGCGUCCUGGAUCAAGCCGCGCGGAGAUAUUCUAUAGGCCUGGACCAGGGCUUUGAGGAGGAUGAGCUGCUGGCGCUGGAGAUGGGCGUCAGCAGCCUGGCGGGGCUAUCGGAGACACAGCGGGCAUACAAGGACAAAAUCAAGCAGAAGCUGGCUACGCGCGCUGCCGAGCUGAAGAAGGAGGAAGAGGAGCUUAAGGCCAAGCUGGCCCGCAACCUGGAGCUGGGCAAGAAGGCAUAUGAGUACGGCGAGUACGCCGCGUCGGUGCGGCUGCUGGAGCUGGCGGUUCAGGACACGGGGCCGGACACGGUGCUGGGCGGCGAGGCGCAGCUGUGGCUGGGGCUGGCGUACCAGGCUUGCGGACGCGAGAAGGAGGCGAUCGACCUGUACAAGUCCAUAGAGGCCAACCACCCCAGCCGCAAGGUGAAGAAGCAGGCGGCGGACCUGCGCUACAUUCUGGAGGCGCCGCGCCUGGAGAUCAGCCCCGAUGAGCGCGUGACCAUCCCGCUCAUCCAGUCCGACAGCUGGCGGCAAAAAGAACGCACCGCCUACACGCCGCGUUUCUACAAGCCGCCCCCGUCUAACAAGAAGGAGACGUAUUGGGACCGCGUGUCCAUGGACGCGCCUGACCCGCUGGCGGUGCUGCCGGACAAGUGGUAUGUGCGGGUGGCGGCCGUGGCGCUGCUCAUCGGCACCACCGUGUACCUCAACUAUGCGGCUGGGCUGCAGCGGUGAGGGCAGCGAGGUGGCGGAGCAGCAGCUCGGAGUCGGACGAAAUGGAGCGGAGCGUGGGCGAGGGUGCAGGGGUGCAAAUGCUGGCAGGGAGCUGUUGUUUCAAAGUGUAAGGAAAAAUAGGCGGCAGGGAAAACUCGGCUGGAGCGAGAAGCGAGCCCUGCGACCUGCUGGCGGCGGUGGCGGUGGCGGUGCAGGGCCUGGCGGCGGCGGUGGCGGUGGCGGUGGCGGUGGCGGUGGCGGCGGUGCAGGGCCUGGAGACGGCGGUGGCGGGGGUGGUGGCACCGCGCCUACCGGCAGCAACAGCAGCGGCCACGGCGUUGGGCCCGGUGGUGGCGGCGGCACGGGCGGCCCUGGGCCCAGCGGCAGUGGCGGCGCGCAUGUUCGGAGCAGAGGGGGCGGGCAAGGCCACGUGGAGGAGGACAGCGCGGCGCCACCUUCAAAGCGGCGCCGGCGCGCAGGUUGAGACCUGCCGGUGUUGUCUGGUUAGCGACCUGUGCUGACGAGCAUGGCGUAGCAGGCAGUCGGCUGCAGCGGCAGGGGUGUUUUUCUUGCUGUCUGGUUGGCCUGCUGCCUGCUGCACUAGUGCUUGAUAGCUGGGCGCGACUGGGCACAUAUGGCGGGCGGUGCCUGUACAAACCGACCCCGGCUAUGUCCGGGAGAUGAGGCUAGUAUCGGAACCUUCGGCCUCAGACGGAGGACGUGGCGUGGCGGCACAGCCCACUUUUCCCUUGCAAGGGAGAGCCACCUUUUCUUGUUCAAAGUGUAAGGGUGCGCUGCCAGAAACACAUAUUCAGAAAGAGGGGGUUAUUGCGGUGCAAAUGGCGCUGCGGAAAGGCCUGCACUUUUUACCAUUGGCUGUUAUUAUGAAUCCUUUGUAUUGCCUACUUGUUUGGUGCGACUAUCAUGGUUUUGAUGAGCGGGAGUGGGCAGAUGUUGCAGCGCAAGUGGUUUGUGACGGCUGUAUGCCUUGUGCAAGUGCUAGGUUCAAGAGUUGCAGCAAGGUGCUUGGCGAGGUCUUUACGGCGUUGUGAAGCUGGCAAAGCUCCCUACAAAGCACCCACGAUACAAUGAUACAUGGGUCUGUAAGUGGAGUAGGAGUUUGCGAGACACCUGAAAAGGCCAGAACAAGGCGCGCAGCCGCAUUCCCAGGCAUUACUUGCCAUGGGCACAUAGCAUACAUAGCAUCAGCGAGGACUGGGCAACCAGCAGCGAUAAGCAGAACAACCUC